CUACUCGUGUUGAGCCAUUUCUCAGGAGCGAGUCCUUUGCACUGCACACCAGAAAAGAGGAGGAAACUGCAGCUUUGACUUAAAAAACGCUUCCUAUUGGUUAUCUACUUUGCAUUUGGACACUUGUAGACCAGAUUCUUUUCUCUGUGCUUCAUUUAAAGGGCGGACAAGCCUCUGGACUCAAAGGGACACCAAGACUCACCUAAACAAAAGUGGUGGAUAAUCCUGCCGGCAAGUGCUCCUUCUAACAUUACAAAAAAAUACCUCUUAUCACCACUACACUCGUCAGGCGAGAACAAAAGCAAGCUCCAAUUUCUGCUCUGUGAAAUUGAAUCAGAGGAACGGAGAGGAAAUACAGCAGAGGCAUUGUGUCCCCUGCAGUUGAAACAGAAACCAGCUGAAAAUAUCAAAAAACCAUCCUGGACAGAGCUUCCCUCUGUAGCCUCCUAUGUUGGUCUUAAUUGAGCUUUUGAAGUAAAAAGUAAAUCAUAAGCCGCACCACACUCAGAGGAGAGGGGAAGCAGAGGGGAUCACACACCCAGGGCAAAAGGAUUGCGUGCAGGUGCCGGGUGCUGCCAUGGUUCGAGGACGUGGCGUGGCAGUUGCCCCGUCCUACUGGGGCCUGUGGACGUUAGGCGCCCUGUCACUGGUGGCGCUGUGCUUGUCGGACACGGCCAUCCGCUGCCCGAUGUGUUCUGAUGAGAGGUUGGCUGCGUGUCGUCUGCUGGAGGGCUGCGAGGAGACGGUGCGGGAGCCCGGCUGCGGCUGCUGCCCUACCUGUGCCUUGCCCAAAGGCGCUCACUGCGGCGUCUUCCCCCGGUGUGGAACGGGCCUCCGCUGCUACCCGCCGCGUGGCGUGGAGAGGCCACUUCACUCAUUAAUGCAUGGCCAGGGGGUGUGCACAGAUGAGAGGGAGGUGGAGGAGAACUCAGCGAUGGAAAGGCAGGAUGAGAUCAUCCCAGAGCAUCCGAACAACAGCAAUAUCCGGUGCAGUCCACAGGACAAGCGCUGCAUACAGAAGACCCUUGCACGCCACCCUCCAAAAUCCACAAAUCAGAGAAGCAACACUGCCAGGGAGGAGACCAAGGCAGCGCUGGCUCCCUGUCGUGCUGAGCUGCAGAGAGCUUUGGACAGACUGGCAUCAAACAGCCGCACACAUGAUGAUCUCUUCACAAUCCCCAUACCCAACUGUGACAAGAAUGGAGAUUUCCACGCUAAACAGUGUCAUCCUGCACGUGACGGCCAGCGGGGAAAGUGCUGGUGUGUGGACCAGAAGACGGGCUUGAGGCUGCCGGGUCCGCUGGAGCUGCGAGGGGAACUGGACUGCCACCAACUAAUGACUGCGACACAGAGGGAUUGAAGAGAUAGGAGUGGCAGAGGGAGUGCAGGACCAGCGUAACUCUACUGGUGCUUAUUAGCAGAACUACAUGUGGAAAAGACUUCGCUCUAAAGCCUCGCUUCACCAGAGGCCCAAUGGUACUAGAGCUUGCGCAACAAAAAGGAAACCAUUGAUAUGAGUUCUUUUGCUAAUUUCUUUCUGUGUGUGUGAGAGUAUGUGAUCUCUGAGUCUUUUGAGCACUUGUGUAUUGUUUCAAUUAUAUGAACUUAAGACCUGCGCUUCAAAGUAACAGGUGGCAGACGAAGAACUUCUACAGUUGUGGUUGUGAUCUUUUUUUGGAGAGCAAAUGUUUUGUUUUCUCUUAUAUUCAGUGAAUAAUUGUUUAAAAGUAAAAAAAAAAAAAAAAAAAAAAGGAUCAUUCCCACCAGAUAAUCAGACCUGAGAUACAACUCAGCUGUAAACAUUUGUUUUAGUUGUUUCUGGAGCACUAUAGAUCAUUUAGUAAUGACAGCAGGACAAUCCAGACUGAUUAAUCAUUAAAGGGUUGUGUACUAGUUUUUCACACAAUGUGUGUAAUUGGUGGUUAUGUGUUGCUCUUAUCGUACUGGCCUAUAUGUAUAAACCCCACCCAUGUUGUAAGUACUUUUAAACAAACCAUAAAAUAUGUAUGCCAACACAGAGAAAAGUGAACAUUUUGUUUAAAAGAUGGGACGAUCAGAAGACAAAACUAAAGAAUCUGAGGUGACAAAAGAAAUCAACAAUCAACCAAAUGACAAGCCAUAGCUUUUCACAACAACAUUUGCUUCAUCACCCAGUUCUCUCUCUCUCUCUCUCUCUCUCUCUCUCUCUCUCUAGCGUUGUGGACUGGCAGCGUGGAUGGGCUAGAACCUCUCUGUACACUGCUGAUAGGAUAAUCUUAUUUCUCCAGCUGGUGCUAAGAUGCCAGUGUGGCUCUUGUGUCUGUGUGAAUAUGAUUCUAUCCUACAGGAUUUCUCUCCACACCGACUCUUUCACAAAACUUUAGUGGUGCUAUAUAAUCAUUGUGCCAAAAAAAUUGUAACAAAAAGAUGGUAUCUGCACUUUUUGGGCAUUGUUUAGGAUAAGAAUAAGAACAUGAGAUUUUUCAAGCAAACAGAGAUAAGCUGUUAUAGUAUCAAGUGUGAGGAUAAGCUAAAUGCAUGACCAUCUCCAAAGCUAUUGACAACCGCUUUUCAUGUUUGUUUUCAGUUAUAUUGUUUAAAUAUCAGAGAAACAUCCCACUUUAGCUCUGCAACAUCACUUCAUCUAAUCGACAAAAUGUUCUGUUAACUGGUGGUGAAGAUGGCAGCCUUGAUGUGUUUUAAAACAGAGGUCGAGUUCACAGUUAUAUAUUAUAUUUUAAUGAUGAUAGCAUGGUGAUUAUGUGGAAGCAAGCCUCUCCUCUGUUAAUGCCAGUUCUCAUUUUAUCAUCUGUAGGCCAUCAAGCUCAUAAUCAAAGGAGUGUAUUACCAGGCCAAUGUAACAUAGCCAUCCAUCAAAUAUUUUAAAUAUACUGUAGGGGAGGCUAAGGUUAUUCUCAUAGUCAUUUUAGUGUACUCUGAUGUGACUGACUAGACUUAUUUGGUUUGUUCAUUAGAGAAGAGGGACACAGAACGUGACAAGUUUGGACAGAAAGUCAGGCCAUGUAUCAACGGGAGACUUGAUAGUAUUAUCAUACUUCAUCAUAGUAGGGCCAAAACGACAGAAAUUCACUAAUUUGAGUUAAAUGUUAAUGAAGCUUAAUUUGUGAGCAUUUGAGCACAACAAAAGGGUCGUUAUUCUGCUUCCACAGAAAUAAAGAAGUGCCAUAAAAACAAACAUUCUGCUUUUUUUGUACAAUUUUCCAUACUGAAUUUGGUAGAUUUAAAAAAAAUAAUAAUACAUUUAUGAAAAAUGCACAUUCAUUUAUAAAGAGUCUGAGGAGUUCAGACUCUUUAUAACAUCGAGUAGCCUUUUAGUUUUUGAAGCCAACGCAAAAGCCUUACGUCUAAAUUCUUUCUAGUGGUCAACAUGGGCCACUGAAACGCUCGCAAAAACAAGUCUGAUUGUAAGUCUACCAUCAAAUUAAGUCACUUCUCUUUUACAUGAAUCCCAUAGUGAACAUUUAUCUAAGUAGUUUAUGGUGUAAAAUCUUAGUUUGAUUACUACUAAAUUACAACAUUAUGUUUACUUGUGUAAAUAAUGUUCCUAUUUAGGGUAAAUAGAAAGUCAUAUCUGCAUUCCAUUUAAAUAUGGUGACUUUUAGCAAAAAAAUAAAAACCAGUAAAAUGACGAUGCUCUCAACCCAGCUAGGAAAGGAAAGAUGGUUGCUUACUUCCAACAUGAAUCUGUCAUGAAUCUAACAAAAGGGUGUGAGGCUGACAUUCUGGAGAUUAAAAUAAUAUUUCUUCUAAUUUUACACCUUCAAACUUACAUAAUGUUUUUAGUGCACUUUGUUAUUUUAUAAUGUUACAAAAUGUAUUUAUGAGCUUCAAUUAAAUUUAAAAAAUGAGGUUUACACACAAAAUGACUGGCCUAGUUAUUUGGCAAAGGAUAUAACUGAAUCGAUGAAGCCAGUUGUCACUUGAUAAACUCUGGAAACUUUAUAAUCUUGUGGCUUCUUCUUAUUGUAAGUAAAGAAGGACAUGAAUCCAAAGUGGUUUGACUGAAGGAUAGAGAGAAGAUAGCACGGGUUGAGACACAAUGCUUAGAGCUAAGAAGCCAAAAGUCCGAAAAACAGAUCCAAAGACUACACCAACAAUGUACUCACUAAAAACCAAUUCCAGCAGAAUCUCAAUCAUUUAACAAUGACACGUGACUACAUUUCUCUGUUCAAUAAUCAGACUUUUUGAAAGAAGUGUUGAAGAGCUUUGGCUUUGAUUUUUUCAAGGCCUUGUAACUAGAUAAACUGUAUCAAAGGCGUAGUGCUUGAUCUCUAACUUUGCCGUUCUUAAUGGUCAUUGCAUUUCUAACGAUGAGAAAGACUGUUCCUUUUGCUUUUGAUAUUAUAUACUAAUGUGUAGAAGAUACUAGGUAAUUUUUUUGCAUGCAUACAAAUGGACUAGGGCUGGAGAAAAUAACUUAAGGUCUUGUGUAUCUGUCCAGGACAGGACCGUUAUAUUCAAAAACUGAAGUGAUCAAAUAACUGAAAUAUAGAACUUCAACCGUUUAAAUGAUCAGUUACAUUGUAAUUGUUUUCCCUUAUAAAAAUGUACACAUUUCAAUACAACAAUAAAACCACUUUACAAACUGUAA